GAGAGAGAGAAGAGCCAGAAGGAGUGGCCGUGCCGGGCGGAGGCGAAGGGCGGCGGAAGGCGAGGCAGCGUGAGAGGAGAGAGAGAGAGACGCCGGACGGAGCCUCCUUUGCGCCCGCAAGCAGACCCCAGCGCGAAGCAUGGCCGUGGCGGUGGGCAGACCCGCGAAUGACGACCUUCGAAAUCUUGCCUUGUCAGGCCAUGUCGGCUUCGACAGUCUCCCUGAUCAGCUGGUGAACAAGUCAACCUCACAAGGUUUCUGCUUCAACAUCCUUUGUGUUGGGGAAACCGGCAUUGGCAAAUCAACCCUCAUGGACACGCUGUUCAACACGAAAUUCGAAAGCGACGCCGCCACCCACAAGGAGCCAGGCGUGCGGUUGAAAGCAAGGAGUUAUGAACUUCAGGAGAGCAACGUCCGUCUCAAGUUGACCAUUGUCGAUACGGUGGGAUUUGGAGACCAGAUCAAUAAGGAUGACAGCUACAAGCCCAUUGUGGAAUACAUAGAUGCACAAUUCGAGGCCUAUCUGCAGGAAGAGCUGAAAAUCAAACGGUCCCUGUUUAAUUAUCACGACACCCGGAUCCACGCUUGCUUAUAUUUCAUUGCCCCAACUGGGCACUCGCUGAAAUCCCUUGACCUGGUCACCAUGAAGAAGCUUGACAGCAAGGUGAAUAUUAUCCCAAUAAUAGCCAAGGCUGACACCAUUGCCAAAAACGAGUUACAUAAAUUCAAAAGCAAAAUCAUGAGCGAGUUGGUGAGCAACGGGGUCCAGAUUUAUCAGUUUCCAACUGACGAAGAGACGGUGGCUGAGAUUAACGCUACAAUGAGCGUCCAUCUCCCAUUUGCCGUGGUUGGCAGCACUGAAGAAGUGAAGAUUGGCAAUAAAAUGGCCAAAGCUAGACAAUAUCCAUGGGGAGUGGUCCAAGUUGAAAAUGAAAACCACUGUGAUUUUGUAAAGUUACGCGAAAUGCUGAUCAGAGUGAACAUGGAAGACUUGAGGGAGCAGACUCACAGCCGACAUUACGAGCUCUACCGCCGGUGCAAACUGGAAGAGAUGGGAUUCAAAGACACAGAUCCCGACAGCAAACCGUUCAGCCUGCAAGAAACCUACGAAGCCAAGAGAAAUGAAUUUCUGGGUGAACUACAGAAGAAAGAAGAAGAAAUGAGGCAGAUGUUUGUCAUGAGAGUGAAGGAGAAGGAAGCGGAGCUGAAGGAAGCAGAAAAAGAUCUUCAUGAGAAGUUUGACCAUCUAAAGCGGACUCACCAAGAGGAGAAGAAGAAAGUAGAAGACAAGAAGAAGGAACUUGAGGAGGAGCUGAACAACUUCCAAAAAAAGAAAGCAGCAGCUCAGCUAUUACAAUCACAGGCCCAACAGGCUGGCUCUCAACCCACCAAGAAAGACAAAGACAAGAAAAAUUCAAGCUUCACAUAAAGGCUGCCAAGUCAAAGGAUGUUCCUGCAUUCCCCUGCUUUUGCAGUAAUGUGUUUCAGCCAUCUUAUAUUUCUAUUUCUUUUAAACACAAAUCCUUCUGAUUAGUGUCUUAGUAUUAAGGGGGCGGGUGGGUGAAGCGAGAGGCUUCUUCCUCCUCCUCCUCCCUCUCCUCCUCCUUCUUCCUUCCUUCCGUUUUCUUCUUCCUCCCCUUCCUUCCCUUCCUCCUUCUCCUCCUCCUCCUCCUCUCUUCUUCCUCCUCCUCCUCCCUCUUCCUUUCCUCCUCCUCACCUUCUUCUCCUCCUCCCUCUUCUUCCUCUUCCUCCUUCUCCUCCCCUUCCUUCCUUUCCUCCUCUUUUCCUUCUCCCUCUUCUUCCUCCUCCUCCCUCUUCCUUCCUUUCCUCCUCCUCACCUUCUUCUCCUCCUCCCUCUUCUUCCUCCUCCUCCCUCUUCCUUCCUUUCCUCCUCCUCCUCACCUUCUUCUCCUCCUCCCUCUUCUUCCUCCUCCUCCUUCCUCUUCCUCCUUCUCCUCCCCUUUUUUCCUUCCUUUCCUCCUCUUCUUCUCCUCCUCCCUCUUCUUCCUCCUCCUCCUCCUCCUCCGAAGACCAGCAAUGGUGAUCAAGACCAAAGAGUUCAUGAAUUUAGUCCCUUGGGUUCAGGGGUGUCAGCAGAGAGGGAGUCAAAAAAUCAAGAGAAUAGCCACAACCGAACAAUCCCUGUCCUUUUUUUUUUUUUUUACAUCCAUCACAAUUCUCAAAAAGAAAUGACAGGGCUUCAAUCAACGGUUGUGAUCACCUUAUUGAUGUUGUUUGGAGAACAUCAGGUAGUCCUUGACUUACGACCACAAUGUAUCUCAAACAUUUCUGUUGCUAAGCGAGAUAGUUGUUAAGUGAGUUUUGCCCCCUUUUUACAACCUUUGAUGCCACAGUGGUUAAGUGAAUUACUGCAGUUGAUAAAUUAGUAACCCAGUUGUUAAAGUGAAUCUGGAAUCUGGUUGUAAGUCAAAGACUAGCUGUAUAUCCAUGGGAGACUUGCCUGUUGAUCUCUGGGUCAACAGAGAUCCUCUUGAAUGAAACAUGGUGGCUGAUGAAUAUCUUUAAUGGCAGACUUGGCUCCUUUCUGUCUUGCAACAUCCUAUUGAGGAGCAGGGAGGACUAAAACCAAGUCCUUGACUAUCCUAAUAUUUUAACAGAAAGCAACACCUUUAUCUGGCAGUCCCAUUGAAGUCGAUGGGAUCGUCUUCUGAGUUCACAUAUGAAGGAUCGCAUGAGCCUUAAUUUUUAAUUCCCAUUAAAACCACUUGUAUUUUACAAAUUUGAUUGUACCUUGAUUUUCUUCAAGAAGGUAUUCUCUUUAGGACUUUAGACAUGUAAUAUCCUUCUGUGGCUUCAAUUUGUCACACAUUUUUCUCAAUAAGGAUCAUCUUUUUUAGAAACCCAUCAUUGUAGUUCUAUUUGCCUUGCCUUUUUGUACCAACAAAAAGCUCUGUCCGUUUUACUAAAGCUAGCAGCAAUGAAAAUAAUUGCAGUCUUUGAGCAACUGUAUGAAUUAUGUCCUUCCAAAUGCCUCUUAAGAUAUUGCAGAGAUCUAGCAUGGAAGGAUUGCUGAUUUUCUCUAGAACUCUCCAGGAUAAUUUCAAUUACAAAUACAUGUUUUCUUGCCUCUCUGGAGAAAAAUAUGAUUAGGCUAAAUGCCAAGUCGCAUUCUGUCAUUGAGGAAUUCCAAAGUCAGAGUGCAAAUGCCUAGUAAGAACAUCAUCCUUAUCUCCUACAGCAGUGUGGCCGAGAAACUUAAGCAGACCGAUUCUUGGAGCGUCACUGGUGCAUUCAUUUUGGUUGCCAUGAAUCUCCUUGAGACCCAACUUUAAGGUCCCAGGCUCAGAUCUUUGAAUAGUGGCUCUCCAUCCAUGAGUCAGUGCAACCAUGGAAGUCCAGAACAUUGUCUCUGACUUUGUUUAGGCUUUGUACUGGAAUUCUCAGCAGGAAACAAAGCAUAUUUUGUGUACCAAAAAAAAACCCCUGUGAAGGAACUUGUUUGUACUUCUUAACCCCAUCUUAUAAAUCACGUGAUGAUUAUAAGUGAGGAACAAUAAGGACUUUUCAACCUUACACGAAAGCUGUGCUGUUGUGUUUUGUUUUCAUAAAGUCCUAUCCAAUCCAGUGCUUCUUCCAAGGAAGAAUUUCAAGAUGAUAGAAAAAACUAGGAACUUAUUGCAUGUUGUUUUCUGUUUUGCAUGGCUUUCCACUGGCAUAAUACUUUUGAAUUUCCGUGAGUGCUACAUGGGCUUCUUGCUUCUUGAUUUUUUUUUCUUUAACCAAACAGCUAAAGGGAGGUCGUAAAACUUAACAAAUGCAACCUAUAUCCAAUGCAGAGUUGCAAUGGUUUUUUUUUUUUUUGAUUGAUGAUUGAUUCUAUUUUGGUUUCUUCAUCUAAGGCAAUAUUUCCAACCUGAGCCAUUUUAAGAUGGGUGGACAACUCCCAGAAUGCUGGCUGAGGUAUUCUUGGGAGUUGAAGUCCACCCGUCUUAAAAUGGCUCAGUUUGGAAAACACUGACCUACGGGAAGAAUAGGGCAUCAAGUAACUCCUUGCAAAAGACUCUGGAAUUCUAGAUUUUCCAAAAUCAAAGGGUGUAUGAAGGAAUUACUUAACUGCCUAUUCGGAAAAAGAGAAACAUAAUCCAUUAGAGUUGGGAUCAAACUUAAUGGAAUAAUGGAUAUUAGUGCUAUGCCUAGUCACCUGACUUUAAUUCAAUAGCACUAUGUACCUGAAUGUCAAAGGAAGUAUUUCAUACAAAUUUUUUUUUAAAAAAAAAUCUUGCCAAUUCUAGUAAGUAUGCAGCAGCCUUUUCCAACCGCUACCCUCUAAUUAAAGGAGAUAUCAAACUUUUUGGUACAACAACCUGCUGAAAUGAUAAAUAACCCAAUGAACAAAAUAGAUGAUUACUUCCUUGUGGAUAAUAUUGGUAGAAAAUGCACUUUUAAUACUUGCUUUUUUUUUAACUCCAUCCAAUAAAAGGGUAGAACAGCACAUUAUAAAACAGAACUCGUUUGCUGAAUUUUUUUAAAGGCCUCAAAAGGAUCAGCUUGCCUACUCUUGCAUAAAUCCUAAAAUCUGGAUUUCAUCUUUGUGACGCAGUGUCUACUGUAUGUGAGAAUCUUGUCCAUUUCAAUUGUUUUGAGCCACAAAAUAAAUUGCCCUUCCAUCCAAGCAAAUGACAAUACUUCACUGUUGAUUGGACAUAAUAGUCUUUAAAGGAGUCAUUCAGGCUUUCUGAAAAAUAAGCAGACACGCAAGCAUAAGAAAGAUCAUUUUCAAAAUAAUGUUCUGUGACAUUUAAAUGAUGCAAUGUUACUAGGGGUUUGCGGAAUCCUUACACCAUUACUAAGAAAAGGGAGCAAGUGGAAAGAAGGUUUGUAAGCUAAGUAAUACUCAAAAGUGUGAGUUUGCCUGCCACAGUUUGGGAAUCUUUUCUGAGAUGACACCUGUCACAAUCCACAGAUAACAUUGGUGAAAUUGAUGCUGGAUAUGAAUUCCUGGAAUUGUGGUCUAACUUUUCUGGUUUCCUGUAACUUCAGACAAUGAUGGAAAUCUUGGUUUGGCAGAUGGACAUCUUGGCAUACUGGUUAAAACUGCACUUUUCCAAGUGUCUUGAGAAAAAAAAAAAGCCAUGAGUACUGAGCCAGUUGAAAACCUGUGAAAACGUUCAGUGUAGACUUCGGAUAGGGAAAAAAGGAAGUUAUUUUGCCAGUAUGAUUUUUUUACUUUCAUCAUUGUUAAAUGGCGAGUGCCAGCAAAGUUGAAUGUACAAAUAAAAUAUAUCCUCUGUUUUUAUGAA